ACAUGCAAGAUGGCGGCCCAUCACCGGCAGAACACGGCAGGGCGGAGGAAAGUACAGGUUUCCUAUGUUAUUCGAGAUGAAGUGGAGAAGUACAAUCGAAAUGGAGUCAAUGCCCUGCAGCUGGAUCCAGCACUCAAUAGACUUUUCACAGCCGGUCGGGACUCCAUCAUAAGAAUAUGGAGUGUCAAUCAGCACAAGCAAGAUCCAUACAUAGCUUCUAUGGAACACCAUACCGAUUGGGUAAAUGACAUCGUACUCUGUUGUAAUGGGAAGACAUUAAUUUCUGCUUCUUCUGACACAACAGUAAAAGUAUGGAAUGCACAUAAGGGAUUUUGCAUGUCAACAUUAAGGACACAUAAGGAUUAUGUAAAGGCCUUAGCCUACGCCAAGGAUAAAGAACUGGUAGCAUCAGCUGGGCUGGACAGACAAAUAUUCCUUUGGGAUGUGAAUACUCUUACAGCAUUGACUGCCUCGAAUAACACUGUCACAACUUCUUCUUUAAGUGGGAACAAAGAUUCUAUAUAUAGCCUGGCAAUGAAUCAACUGGGAACAAUCAUUGUAUCAGGGUCCACUGAGAAGGUAUUAAGGGUAUGGGAUCCAAGAACAUGUGCAAAACUAAUGAAGCUUAAAGGCCACACGGAUAAUGUGAAAGCAUUGCUGUUGAACAGAGAUGGCACACAGUGCCUUUCUGGCAGUUCUGAUGGCACAAUUCGCCUUUGGUCCCUUGGUCAGCAGAGGUGUAUAGCAACGUAUCGGGUCCAUGAUGAAGGAGUUUGGGCUCUGCAAGUCAAUGACACCUUCACACAUGUGUAUUCUGGAGGAAGGGAUAGGAAAAUUUAUUGUACAGACCUAAGAAACCCAGACAUCCGAGUGCUAAUUUGUGAAGAAAAAGCACCAGUUCUCAAGAUGGAACUUGACAGAUCAGCUGAUCCCCCUCCUGCAAUCUGGGUUGCAACAACUAAGUCUACAGUAAAUAAAUGGACACUGAAGGGAAUUCAUAAUUUCAGAGCUUCCGGAGAUUAUGACAAUGACUGUACAAAUCCUAUAACACCCCUGUGUACACAACCUGACCAGGUUAUUAAAGGGGGUGCUAGUAUUAUUCAGUGCCACAUUCUUAAUGAUAAGAGACAUAUAUUAACCAAAGAUACCAAUAAUAAUGUGGCAUAUUGGGAUGUAUUGAAGGCAUGUAAAGUUGAAGAUCUGGGCAAAGUGGAUUUUGAAGAUGAAAUUAAGAAAAGGUUUAAGAUGGUGUAUGUGCCAAAUUGGUUCUCAGUAGACCUAAAAACAGGGAUGUUGACUAUUACUUUGGAUGAGAGUGACUGUUUUGCUGCUUGGGUUUCUGCAAAAGAUGCGGGCUUCAGCAGCCCUGAUGGAUCAGAUCCAAAAUUAAACUUGGGAGGACUUUUACUUCAGGCACUUCUGGAAUAUUGGCCUAGGACACAUGUGAAUCCAAUGGAUGAAGAAGAAAAUGAAGUGAACCAUGUAAAUGGGGAGCAGGAGAACCGAGUACAGAAGGGAAAUGGAUAUUUUCAAGUACCCCCCCAUACCCCAGUCAUCUUUGGUGAAGCUGGAGGUCGCACACUCUUCAGGCUGCUCUGCAGAGAUUCUGGAGGUGAGACUGAGUCAAUGCUUCUUAAUGAGACGGUGCCACAAUGGGUAAUUGACAUCACUGUGGAUAAAAAUAUGCCCAAAUUCAACAAAAUUCCAUUCUACCUCCAACCUCAUGCGUCUUCGGGAGCAAAGACCCUAAAAAAAGAUAGACUCUCUGCUAGUGACAUGCUCCAAGUUCGGAAAGUAAUGGAACAUGUUUAUGAAAAAAUCAUCAACUUGGAUAAUGAAUCUCAAACCACUAGCUCUUCUAAUAAUGAAAAACCAGGAGAACAGGAAAAAGAAGAGGAUAUUGCUGUGUUGGCUGAGGAGAAAAUUGAACUUUUGUGCCAGGACCAGGUUUUGGAUCCAAAUAUGGACCUCCGAACAGUGAAACACUUCAUAUGGAAGAGUGGUGGUGACCUCACCCUCCAUUACCGUCAGAAGUCCACGUGAAGGGUGGGCGAACGCUCCUGGGUAUUCAUUUACUGACCUUCCUCUAUGGCCCCAAGAGUAGUCCUAGGAAGCCCACUGAGCCCCAACGGGAGCAAGACUUCUAACGGCCGAUUUGGUAUGGACCGAGAUUCUCUUUCAAUUGAAGUGACUAAUUGAGAUGUAAUAUAGAAACCAGUCUCCAUGUGUAGAUUAAGCUGUCCCUUGGGAGGCAGGGUGCAAGAGCAGAAGAGCCCCCGAGCAGACUGUCUUGGGAGAUGUACAGAGAACUGACCACAGGCCAGCACAGACUUCGCUUCCUCCCUUUGUUUCAAAGGAUCUUAUCUUUGUUAGCGGUUAGAGGCACAUCGGUAGGGCCCAUCUGUCACUGUGUUUCAACCU